GUGAAACGGUGUCUAGCAACCGCCGCCAUAUUAAAGUGAGACAAAAGACGGUUCGUGGUGAUUCGAAACGAAACUCGGAACGGGGACGCAGAAGAGUGUGUUGUCGAUCGAAUAAAGUGAUUUGUUUUGGCCACCGAAAUCAUCGUUGGUCAUCCGGCUGGGCAAACUGCCGCGAAGAAGAUCGAGACGGCGCUAGAAAAGCUAUGCUUACGCGAUCGACCGCGAUCAUAAGACUUUAGAGAAAGAAGAGAGUGUGUUACGAGCGAGUAACGUCAGCACGCGAGCAAGAUGUUUACCACCAACAACAUCCAGACGGCCACGGGAACCCCUAUCGGCAUACAAUACCAGACCACCACCACCGACAUCAACAAGGGCACCAAACUAGAGGGUCAAAAGACGAACCAGCAGGCACCGGAGUUCUCCACCUUCUACGCCAAUGUGAAUAUGAUUCAAAAGCUAACGCCAACGUCGCAGGCGUUGAGCACCGUGAACCUGGCGCAGUUGUCCGAUGACACGAAAACGGUCCAGUAUUUGCAGCCCUUCGGGUAUGCCAACUGUGCCCUGGUCAACCAGAUGCCGAUACCGAAUGGCGUGACCGGAAUCACCGUCGACGGAAGGCAGCUUGUGGUAAAUAAGCCCAUCACGAACACCAUAUCGAACAUUAGCUUCAAGUGCGACGUGUGCGGUUUGAUGUUCAAUCAUCUGACGCUGCUGAAUCAUCACAAGCGCACCCACAAUCAGGACGGUGAGACCACCUCCGAUGCCAUCACGGUUGUCACGCAGUCACAAAAUCUCAUCUCGGAGACGGGCCAGAACCUGGGCCAGAUUCAGAUCGUUGCUACCGAGGCGCUCGAUCCUGUGCCACAGCAGCAGCUCCAGCAUGCCCAGGAAGCCCAGCAACAGCAGCAACAGGCUCAAGCGCAGGCACAAGCUCAAGCCCAACAGCAACAACAACAGCAGCAACAGCAACAGCAGCAACAACACCAGCAGCAACAGCAACAACAACAACAACAGCAGCAGCAGCAACAACAGGUCACUGUUACUCAUACGGCGAAGGGCGACAAAGCGCAGAAAUGUAUCUCCUGCAAUGGACCAAUCCACACCAACCCGAAGCGGAAGGGCCCCAAGCUGAUCCGCUGCGAAACGUGCAUCAACAACGAUGGAGCACAAACGGUGCCGGCACGAACCACACAAAUCUUUGUCGCACCCGACGGGGACAUCAAGUUCGAGAUCGGUGAAAUACCGAACGCCUCGAACAGCAACUCGUCAAUGGACUCGCUGAUGCCCGGUGGGCAACAGAUGCACUCGAUCAAGGCCGAGCAAGCGAUCGUGCAGCAGCAACAGCAGCAGCAGAAUGCGCAUCCCGUUAAAAAACGUAAUUUAGCAACUGUCACAAAAUGUAACAAAUGUAACGGUUCUGGUGUAAUUAUAGUUGGUGGCCAGAAGAAGCACAUGCACCAAUCGCAAGUACAUCCCCAGCCUGAAAAACCGUUCACCUGUAACACGUGCGGAGGGCGUUUUUCGCGCUACUCCAGCCUCUGGUCGCACAAGAAGCUGCACACGGGCGAAAAGAACUACAAGUGCAACGUGUGCGGGAUAGCGUUCGCGAAGGCGGUCUACCUGAAGAACCAUAUGCGCAUCCAUACGGGAGAAAAGCCGUACAAAUGUGGAACCUGUGGAAUGCAGUUCUCGCAAUCGCCGCAUCUGAAGAACCACGAGCGUACCCACAGUGGAGAAAAACCAUACGUUUGUGAGGUCUGUGACAAAGGAUUCGCACGCCAUGCCACCCUUUGGAACCAUCGGCGGAUCCACACCGGUGAAAAGCCGUACAAAUGUAACCGCUGCCAGUCGGCGUUCAGCCAGGCGGCCCAUUUGAAGAAUCACGAAAAGGUACACUCCGGUUUGAAGCCGUUCAAGUGUGACAUCUGUUCUGCCGCAUUUGCCGAUCGUUUCGCACUGAAGAGGCACCGUGGUAUUCACGAGAAAUACGGUCAAACGACUCCACUGCAUCAGAAUCAGCAGCAACAAGCAACCCAAGUGGUGCACAAGGAGGAAAUCAUCGAAAUGGAUGAAAAAUCUCGGGAAGUUAUUAUCACUGGAAUGUAAAGAAACUCGGUGGCUUGAAAAAGUUGCACUAGCGAUCGGUUGAAGAUUCUGCAUCAUGUAGGAUGGAGGACGAACGGAGGGAGAGAUAGAGUACGGGGGAUGCAUUUUGCGACGGAUGAUGAAAUUCUUUAAAAACAUAAUUAGGAAAGUAGUAAGUAACCUAUAAGAAUUUGUGUAGCACCUACGAAAUGCGAAGGUAUGCUGCACGCGUUAUAGAUCCCCGAAACCCGACGUACGAAGAAAUAACGAUAACUGUCCUCCAGGAAAUUACAUCGCAGUGAAUUGAAGUUUAAACACUAGGCCAUAGGUUGAGACUUUUCCCGCUACCGCAGGAUAGGUUAUUAAAACAUGCUUAAAGUAGAUCAUAACUUCAUGCAAGGUUGAUCUUAAGACGUUCGACGAACGCCGUUGCGCGUGCGAUGGGAUAAGAACACACUCUCCCUAUUCGAAUGAUGAUUUUAAACAAGCAGUUCUCUACGAAGAACACCUUCAGCUGCGGAAUGAAAACACAUUUUAAGACAUUAACCUUCCCUUGUAAGUACGUAUUAUGAAUUUUUUAUUCUGUAAAGUAAGCCACAUGCGACCCAGCCCGUUUGAUGAACGGUCGUCACUGAUGGUUCAUUUAAUCGAUAAUUUUUGUUCCCUUAAACCGCCGCUAUCGCACUAAUAAUUGUACAUACUGACCGGUUCUUCGACACGCAAGUAUUUGUACUCUACUGAAGUGUACGCAAACACUUUUUGAACAUCGUUGGUGAAUAAUAGUUAAGUACGUAAGUGUUAGAAUAAUUGAAACAGCAGCAAGAAUAGGAGUGCAUUUCAUUUGCAUUAGCGACUAACAUUAUUUUUCUUAUUUUAUUAUUACUAAAAGUACUGCAUUACUUGAAAUGUAUCACAAAAAUCUUUGAAAAACGUAGUUAAAUUCAAAAUCAAAAAGAUAAAAAAAACAACCCCCGGGCCAUGUUCAACACAUCCGGGCAUAUGUUGUUUGUUGAAUAGUAUUCAGAAGAAAGAAAAAAAAAAACAGCAACAAAUGUUGCGUUACUUUUCGUUUUUGGGUCACAAUCUUUGUUUAUCAUGAAACUUUGUUUAUAAUAGAAACUUAGUGGUUAAAACAACAAUUUAUCUACGAACAAUAUGUCGUAAGGCUUUGCUUCCUUGAAGCAAGGCAGAACGAAAAGCAGCACGAAUAUUUACCUUUAAACAUAACAGAACUACAGGAUAAGAUCUUCAGAUGCCCACACCUGGCGCAUCUGGGAAAUGUAAAUAGGGUUUUAAUGUUAUGCUUAACUUUACGGCUACAGUAUGCAGUAUGCAGGCACCAGAGCAAAACCAGAAGAAUGAGCGAAAAAGCAAGAACAACAGGCAAAAGAGGAACCCAUACUAAAUUCUUGUGCACAUUUUUAUUGUAAAAACAGAAGACCCCCAACUUGACCUUACGCAGACCUUAAGCUCCCGGAAUCACGUAGUAUCUAGCGUACGAAAGUGCAGAACAUUCAUACACCUAUCUUAUAAGUGAAAUAAAUCAUUUCAAGCAAAAGCG